AUGGCGGCGGCGGGGGGCGCAGCGAGCCGCAGGGACCCCGGGCGGCCCUGCCCCUUCUCCAUUGAGCACAUCCUCUCCAGCCUGCCCGAGCGGAGCCCACCGGCACGGGCCGCCCGCGCGCCGCCGCCCGGCGGCCGCCAGAGCCCCGCGGAGCCCGGGGAGCCCGGGGCGCCCGAGGCCGCUCCCUGCGCCUGUUGCUGCUGCUGCGGGCCCCGCGCGGCGCCCCGAGGGCCCCCGGAGCCCGCCGCCGGACUGGGCGCGCGGCUGCCGUGGCCGCUGAGGCUGGGCCCCGCCGCGCCCUUGCCCUUGUCCGCGCCCACUGGAGGUUCGGGGGCGCUGCCGGGCGCGGGCGGCCCGGGGCCGCAGCGGCGCACGCGGCGCCACCGCACCAUCUUCAGCGAGGAGCAGCUGCAGGCGCUGGAGGCGCUCUUCGUGCAGAACCAGUACCCCGACGUGGGCACGCGCGAGCGCCUGGCCGGCCGCAUCCGCCUGCGCGAGGAGCGCGUGGAGGUCUGGUUCAAGAACCGCCGGGCCAAGUGGCGACACCAGAAACGCACGUCAGCGACCUCGAGGCUCCUCCCCGGAGCCAAGAAGGCCCCAAAGGACAGCUCCUGAUGGCCCUGGUAGCCAUUCCUGGUCUUGGCGUCUUCGGGGAGCCGACUAGGAGAGAGGACAGAUCUACCCGAGAUGGAGCUGAGAGAGGACACCAGCCUCUUCCCGUCUGUCUGCAGGACUUCCGGCUUCUGGAGCUAGUGCUCAAGGCAGGAGCGGGCUGCUGAAGUGUGUGUCCCCCCACUCCCCAUCUGCCUUGUCACUUGCCCCGGGGAAAGGAGGGAACACUGAGCAUCUCCAUGUGCUCUCCUCUGCAGUGACUAGGGUCAGGAAGAUUCCCUGGGGGGUGGGGGGGGGGUAGGGCUGGGAGGAGGGCACAGAGCAGGUCGCUUCCUCAAGUCCCCACCAACUCCAGGACAGGAACCACCCCUUGUCGGAGGGAGGAGGGCAGAAUCUUCCUUUCCCUACCUGGGGUAUGCUGGCCUCCCUCCUCUCCUUUCCCUGCCUGGGCCAUGGGAGGUUUCUGUGCAUCCUGGACUUGCCAGCUUGUGCGUCCGGCACAGGGCCUUGGCGUCCAGAGCUAUAAGGUAAAAAUGCCGGGUGAGGUCACCUCCAGAAGCCCCUGCCGGGCCCCUUAAUUCUGUGAGCCUUGUCUGGGUCCUGGGAAAUAAACAUGCAACUGCAAAAAGAGCACAAAAGCCAGCCAGAGUUCAAAGCCCGCCAUGGCCCCAUUCCCCUCACCCAAGGGCCAUCUCACCUUGAAGAGCACAGCCUAGUGAGUCCUCUGUGUUCCCCAGCCACAGCAGACUACCCCACGGAUCAUGGCCUGGCACCC